AUUCAACGCACCUUGGCGACAUUGAAUUGACGUUGAUAUGCAGCCGCCAGUCGAUGAUUUUGCUGCAUUUCGCGACACCGAGAUCGACGUUCCGCUUCCAGGAGAAGUACCUGCCUCGGUCGUUGCGCCGGCGCCGGAGGCCGCGUCGAGAGAUCUGCUGAAAACCCUCUUUGGCGAAGAUGACGACGACCCCUCGAAUCAAAUAUCCGCCUCGUUAAACGUUCGAAAUACGUCACCUUCCUUUGCUAAGUCCUUUGCUGGGAAACGAAAGUUCACGAGACCUUUGAGCGCUGCGUCCGAUGAUCGCUCUGUUGGGGUGAUAAACGCCUCGAAAAAUUCAGAAGCUCCUGAUAGCCAGAAGGAUUGCAACCAACAGCGCGCUUCGAACGACUCCAUACAUCGCGACAGAAACAAACAGAAUUUUCGUCGGUCAUUUAAUGAGCGUGGUUACCCGGACUGUGUCGACGUCGACCGUGAUGAUGCGUCUGCUUUGACACCGGACUCGCCAUUUGCUUCUGAGGCAGAAGAGGACUGCGAGGACAUAAAUAUGAUUUUUGGAAGCAGUGGUGCACGUAGCACGCGGAAAGAACGAAGCGAGCAUGAAGUAAGAGACCACGUGAACACUUUUUUGGCGCGAAUGGAGGUGGCGACAGAGCAAGAUCGUGAGUGCAUAAAGAAAAAACAGCCGGCAAUUUUUAAGCUGAGGAUGCUCCAGGAAGUGAAGGAGACAUUGAAAAAUGUAGACAUGCACGACCAUUUAUUGCGCCACGGUCUUAUGAAAGUACUUGCAAACUGGCUCGCCCUUCUCCCAGAUCAUAAUCUUCCAAAUGCCACUAUUCGCACGGCUGUAAUCGAUGUAAUUUCCGCAUUGCCCAUCGAGACAGAUCUUGUUGAUCGAAAGGAGCAACUCAAAAGCUCAGGCCUCGGUCAAAUAAUCAUGUUCCUUUCCCAGCUUCCAGAGGAAACACAGGCGAACAGGAACAAGUGUCAAAAGCUGGUGGAAAAAUGGAGCCGACCAGUCUAUGAACUGACAAGUCAUUACGGAGAUCUCAGACGCAGAGAGGAAGAGUGCCUUGGUGAGGAAAAGUUUCAUGAAUCAGAUGCAACAACAUCGAAAAAUAAAGAGUGUGCAACUGAGGACCCCGAUGUCGUACGUAAUACUACACUGGGACUUAAACAUGGAGAGUUCGGUUUUCGUCACCAUGCACUUGUGCCAGAACCCGAGGCCAUGGACUACAUCUUACGACCUAAACUCCUCUCUGACCCAAAUGACAUUAAAGCACGGACACAAAAUGCUGACCAACAGCGCGUUAGAAAGCUAGUUGGUAAAGUCGUCAAAAGAAAAGAUGGAGUUAAGAACGGCAAGGCCCACCUGCCCUCUAUAGAAGGGCGCGGCAUGGUGACAUACCAUUGAGAUCACAUGUGGUAUUUUGACAAUUCUGUCCUUGUAAUGAAUGAUCUUAUGCAAGCUCUGUCAAAAUAUUAAAUGACUUCAUAGUGUUUCUAAGCUUUUCAGCACUGUUGCGCCACUGUCGAGCUGAAGCUUUGAUGCAAAUUAUGAACACCCUUUUCUUCCAGACUGUCGCCGCGACUAGCGUGUGAUCGCGGAGCUCAAAAUUGUAAUAUGUUAGCACCCCUCGCUUCUCAACAAAUUUAUCGAUGAUAUCUACCUCUUCAACCGGGCUUUGUGUCAGCUCUGGACCGAACCCGGCCAUGAAACGCUCGAGUGGAAUAAGUUCCUCGAUCGUCGGGUUCAGUCCUUCAUCAAUGUUUGCAAAUCUUAGCACAGGCGCCAGGACAACUUUCAAACCGCCAUCUUGUUCUGAACUGAACCUUGCGUCGAUUUCUGUUCCACCAGGGUCAGCAAUUGAAACAGGAACUUCUUCCCAACCGUCGUAAACGUCGAAGGAAUAUGGUGUAAUCUCAGUCCAACCCACCCCGUGACCACCAGAUUUGCCCUCCGGACGGGUGUAAUGACGGACGCCAUCGGCAUUCGCAGGCGAUAAGCCUGGUACUCGUCCGGCAGUCAUACCCAUCACCGCACUGGCGGGCUGUACAGUAGGGUCGGCAGUUAGACUAAAUAUUGUCCCGGCGAGGGAGAUUGCACCGCCGAAGUGUCUUCGAGAUACAUUUUUAGGCUCCAAGUUAGUCUUUGCACCGGCGUUGUAGACGCGGCAAGUUUGUCUUCCCUGAAGGUGGCGGAAUGCCGUCGGCAUGGGUAUAGAUGGUAUUUGCAGACUGAGCAUAGUGGAACGCUUGCCGUGCUACGCUGGAGCACUUCAAAUUUCGACGUCUAGCAAAAGUGAAGGCGAAGAGAAUACCCCCACCGACCACCGUGGUAU